GCAGUACCCCGCCAUGCUCAAGUGUUUGCGUUUCUCCUUGUUCCCUUGUUUUUAAGUUGUUAUAAAUCAAGUAAUAUACCUCUGGAAAUGGGUGAUCGAUACAAUAUUCAUACCCAGUUAGAACAUUUGCAAUCGAAAUAUGUUGGUACAGGUCAUGCUGAUACCACUAAGUGGGAAUGGCUAACAAACCAGCAUAGAGAUAGUUGUGCAUCCUAUCUGGGUCACUUCGACACACUUAACUUGUUUGCUAUAUGCGAAAAUGAGUGCAAGGCGAGAGUUCGAUUUAACCUUCUCGAGAAAAUGCUUCAGCCAUGUGGCCCUCCUCCAGAACGUCCUGAGGCAUAGUUUAAUUUUUAAUUCAAAUACUCCAUAGUGUAUUCCAUCAAAUUACAACCUCUAACACUUGGUUUUGCCUGAUAAAACCUAAAUAUACGAAAAACACGAUCAGAGUUGUUUUGUGUAGUGUGUUGGGUCGCUCAUCUAAAUAUCACGGUUCCAAUCCUCUUAUUAGAGGUUAAUCUGCCGAAAUUUGACUCAGGAGAAGCGUCAUUCCCUGUGUAUUUUCGUAUAUGCUGUACCAAUUCCACUUUUAAUCAUCCCAAUAGUUUCAAUACUAAUACGUAAACUCAAUGUCGUUAAUAGUUUGUGAUAUUAUUUGGAGCUUGCAAGAUAGAUUCAGCCAACAAUUUUAUAUAGAUUAGUAAUGUAGCUCAACUGC